CCUAAGAACGAAACCCUAAUUGAUCAGAUGCCCAUCGUUUUAUAGUCCCCUUUCAAGUUUCUGCUACAAAGAUUGCUUCAUCCGGCUAGAUGAUUUCUGAUUGAAGCGCUGUAGAGGAUUCCUUGCAACAAUCUUUGGUCUGCAUACGGCGGCAACAGAGCUGAUCAUCGGAGAAGAGGUGAUUUCGUUUCUAGUAUUCUUAAUCGCUCGUUGUAGGUUACGAUUGAAACGAAUAGUAGAUUCAUCUAGAUAGAAAGCCAUGAACGAAAGCAGCUACGAAUUGAGGAAGGCUGGGAAAAGGCCCCGGGAAGAAGGAGAUACAGAUUCUUCUCGUCCUGAUAGGUUAAGCCAACUUCCAGGCUUCAUUCUUUCCCACAUCCUUUCAUUUCUAGACACCAAAUAUGCUGUUCAGACCUGUGUGUUGUCCCGAGUGUGGAGAUGCGCCUGGAAAUAUGUCUCCGUCCUCAGUUUUCGUAGUGAUUCCUUCCAACAGUAUUCGAGUUUCCAACUAUAUGUGGACGAGGUUUUGUCCCUCCGGUUUCCCUUGAGUGUACGCAUGGUAUGCUAUGUUGAUGAUGAGAGCUCGGCGGAACGAGAUCGUGGGCUGUUUGCCCGGGUCAUCAAAUAUGGAGUUGCACAUGGUGCUCAGCAUUUAGUGAUUGACCUGAACAAUGGGAAGGAUAUCUAUGCCAGUUGCAGAUUCUCCAGUCUGUUGUCUGACACGAUCUUUUGUUGCAAGACUCUCGAACUAAGACGUCUCUGGGUGGAUACUGAUUUCAGAAAUUCUACCUUUCCGGUGCUCACGGAUCUAACUCUGGAACAGUGCGUGUUGGUCUCUUACUAUGACGAGGACAUUAAUCCUUUCUCUGGCUUUCCCUGUCUGAAGAAUCUGGUCCUGACUGAGUGUGUCCACUCUGAUAUUGCUAAUGACUGGGAUUUCAGGAGUUUCAAGAUUUAUGGAUCCCAACUGCUUAGUCUGAAAUUGGAUUGUCUGCAUUGUACUAAGCUCGAAAUAUGCACACCCAAACUCAAAUUCUUUACACUUGAGCAUGACCUGGAUUUCUUGAAAAUUUCCAGCUUAAGGGUUCCUUCUCUCAUUCAUGCUGACAUUCGGAUCUCGGACGAGGAGAAUGCAAUGAACGAUGAUAACAAGGAACAGUUUAUGCAGCGCUCGAUUUUCUUGUUCCAAUGUUUGAAGAGUGCAACAUCUCUCCAGCUGGAUUACUAUAGCAUCCAGGUACUGUCUAACAUAUCUGAGCUUCUGGAAAAGCAACCCUCUCCAUUUACAAGAUUGAAGUCCUUGGGUGUGGAAGCUCUCACUAUACCUCACUCACUGAUCGAUUACUUUCUUAAAGGGUCUUCUAGUGUUAAACCAAAUGUUAAGUAUGGUGUUGGUAAAUCAUGUUUGACAUAGCUUCUUAUUGUGGCAUGCAUAAGCUAAAAUUUUUGUUCUGUUGAUGUCACUUGGGAAUAUUUGAUCAUACAUUUGUCCUGUUCAUGCUUGAGCUACUCGGCUUAUUUCUGCUGCAAUAUGUGUAUAUAUAUCACUCUGUUAGUUUCUGAAGUCCAGUACCACUUUUCCCCGUUGGCAUCACUUUUUUAUGUCAAAUAUCUCUGGACUUCGUUCUUGACAGAUCAAAUGAGACUUCUGAAGAUUACAUUGCUUCAGCUUUGUUCUCCUUUGCUACUUCUCUACGCUUUUUCUUUGAUUUGGGAGGAAAAUUUCCCUGAAAAGUUCAUUCUUCUGCCUAAUUUUGUGAUUCUGGAAUCAGUUAUCUUCCCAAACAUUUGCUGCCUGCCCAAUCUGGGUGACUUGAAAGAUAUAAUCAGUCACAAGACCUGGUAAAGGAAACUUAAAGUCAUAUCCUGGAACGAAUUGUCGGUCUGGAAUGACUACCAGAUUGAAAUUUUCGGUCCUGGAUGUACAUUCUAUCUAAUUUUGUUUUCUUUAGAAGGUCCAAUGUAGAUGAAUGAACCCUAGCUUUUAUU